GACAAAUUAUUCGCUUUAAAAGUAAUGGCAAAAGAAGAAUUAAUUCGCAAAAAUAUGGCUACUCAAGUUAUCGCUGAACGUGACGCGAUGGCGCUAUCCUGUAGUCCAUUUAUUGUCCAUUUAUUUUAUUCACUACAAUCAAAUGAUCGUGUCUAUCUUAUUAUGGAAUACAUGAUAGGUGGUGAUGUUAAAUCGUUACUCAUGAAUUUAGGCUAUUUCGAUGAAUCAACAGCUCGAUUCUAUACUAGCCAAAUUGUUGCUGCCUUAGAGUAUCUCCAUUCACAUAAUAUAGUUCACCGUGAUUUAAAGCCGGACAACAUGUUAAUUUCAGCUGAAGGCUAUUUAAAAUUGACCGAUUUUGGCUUAUCUAGGCUAACAUUAAAUCGUGACGUUAGCUAUCAGGAUAUGAUGAGUUCCCCUUGUUUACCAUCAAGUGUGACUCCUUCGCGCUAUGCAGCGUAUUAUAGAACACCCGGACAAGUUGCAUCAUUAACUAGUGUUCUAGCCUUU